UAAAAACCAAGAAAAAGAAGAAGGAAAGAACAAGGCUACCAAAAUGGCCGCUCCCCUUCUGCUCCUUCUCCAAGGAGAAGCUGCUGCGAUAUUCGUGUUCGUCCUUUUUGUGACCCAGGCACUGUCGUCGCUCCCUGUUCAUGGAAGGGCGAUCUCCGGCGGUGGCUGUGUCGCAAGCGAGCGCGACGCGCUCCUCGGCUUCAAGGAAAGCCUCUUGGACCCUGCUGGCCGUCUUUCCUCAUGGCGGGGCGAAGACUGCUGCCAGUGGAAGGGAGUCAGGUGCAGGGACCGAAUCGGCCAUGUCGUCAGGCUUGACCUCAGGUGCCAGAACUCUUCUGAAAUGAUGAUGCUGAGAAGUGGGAUGAGCUCCUCCCUGGCCACCUUACACCAUCUGAUAUACUUAGACCUGAGCUCCAAUUACUUCAACUUCAUAAACAUUCCUCUGUUUCUGGGCAGCCUCAGCAACCUAAGGUACCUCGAUCUCUCAGACGCGGGGUUUUCGGGGAGCGUACCCCCGCAGCUCGGUAACCUCUCUCGCUUGCAGUACCUUAACCUGAGUGGAUAUUAUGAUCUGAAAGUGUCAGGGCUCUCAUGGCUGCGGCAUCUCUCAUCAUUAGAGAGUCUCGACAUGGGAGGGGUGGACCUCAGUCUUGCAGGGGAUUGGGUUCGCAUGGUUAACAUGCUGCCUAAUCUGAAAAUCAUCUCCCUGAUUGAGUGUGGUCUCAAUAGCACAGUAUCUGCUCUACCCCACUUGAACUUGACACAUCUUGAGGUCCUUGAUUUAUCCAGAAAUCCAUUUUACUCUUUGCUGCAACACAACUGGUUUUGGAAGGUUACUACCCUCAAGGAGCUACGUCUCAGUGCUUGUGACUGGUUUGGGCCCAUCCCUAAUGAACUGGGAAACAUGUCCUCCCUUGAGGUCUUAUACUUGGAUAUCAAUGAACUGUCAGGUAUCAUGCCGAUGACCUUGAAAAAUCUAUGUAAUUUGCAGCUACUGACAUUAAGUUUCAACGACAUCAAAGGGGACAUGCUGGAGAGAUUACCAGCGUGCUCAUGGAGCAAGUUGCGUGAGCUACACUUGAGUCGUGCAAAUUUGACUGGGCAGCUGCCAGUUUGGAUAGGAAAUCUAACCAAUCUCAGCUACCUUGACAUCUCUCAGAAUAUGCUAGUGGGUCCUGUACCUUUUGGGAUGGGUAACAUGAGGAGUCUAAGUUAUCUUGAUCUCUCUCAGAAUAUGCUGACUGGUGAUGUACCGCGUGGGCUUGGAGCACUUAGUAAUUUGACUUACUUCAGCCUUGGCCUGAAUAACUUCAGCGGUGUGCUUUCAAAAGAUCUUUUUGCAGGUCUGGUGAACCUUGAAUAUCUAAAGCUUUCACACAAUUCACUGAAAUUGGACUUCGGUGAAGGUUGGGUGCCUCCAUUCAGAUUAACGGAAGGACAUUUUGGGUCAUGUGACAUGGGGCCUCGAUUUCCAGCGUGGCUGAGAUGCCAAACCGGCAUACGCAACCUUGAUAUUUCAAGCACAAGGAUAAAUGAUGUGUUGCCACACUGGUUUUGGGUUGUGGUUUCUAAUGCUUUCAGCUUGGACUUAUCAAGAAAUCAACUCAGUGGUGAUUUGCCGGCAAAUUUGGAGCUGCCAUUCAUAAGAGAAAUGGAUCUCUCCAGAAACUCUUUAACGGGGAAGUUACCAGCAAAUUUGACAGCUCCCUACCUAAUGAAUUUGCUUCUUUACAACAACAAUUUCACAGGCGCCAUCCCAACAUAUGUAUGUUAUAAUUUCUUCGAAAUAAACCUGUCAAACAAUCAGCUAACAGGGGAUUCUCCACAAUGUUCAGGAGACACUUCUUUAUUGCAAAUGGUCGACUUGAAAAAUAACAAUCUUUCUGGUGAAUUCCCUCGUUUCGUUCAAAAUGCCAGAGAUUUAAGAUUUCUUGACCUCUCGCACAACAAGUUCUUUGGAGUCGUGCCGACAUGGAUAGCAGAUAAAAUGCCAAACCUAGAGGUGUUGAUUCUAAGAUCAAAUAUGUUUCAUGGUCACCUUCCUAAACAGUUAACAAUGCUUGUUGGACUUCAUUAUCUGGACAUAGCGCACAACAACAUAUCAGGUAGUCUACCUUCAUCCCUAGCAAGGCUGACAGCCAUGGUACAUUCGUAUGGCACAGGUGAAAACAAUUAUAGUACUGACAGCAUAUCAACAUUCAUAAAAGAUCGAGAGCUUAACUAUACACAUCAACUUAUUCAACAUGUAGUGUUGAUUGACAUGUCAAGUAACAGUUUCACCGGAUACAUUCCGAAGGAACUAUCUUUACUCAAGGGACUUCGGAGUUUGAAUCUCUCUAACAACCAAAUAAGUGGACCAAUUCCAGAUGAUAUUGGUGUUUUAAGGGAAUUGGAAUCUCUUGAUCUGUCUUACAAUUAUUUGAGUGGCGAAAUCCCCUCAAGUUUAUCAGAUCUAUCAUUCUUGAGCUGCCUGAACUUGUCCUACAAUGAUUUAUCAGGAAGAAUCCCCUCAGGACAACAGCUGCAAACACUGAAUAAUCAGUACAUGUACAUUGGCAAUCCUGGACUUUGUGGGCCUCCACUUCUCAACUAUUGCUCAGUGAAUGGGACAAAUCCAAAUGUCAGUCAGGAGCAUGAAGGUGGCCGAUCAUAUUUGUACCUCAGCAUGAGCAUGGGAUUCGUGAUGGGUCUCUGGAGUGGAUUUUGUGCAAUGUUGUUCAUGAAAACAUGGAGGAUUGCUUACUUUCAGCUAUUGGACCAGCUUUACGACAAGGUUUAUGUGCGAGUGGCUACCAGCAAGGCUGCCUUUCUAAGGAAACGUGGAGACGAAGAGACAUGAGGUUUUUCUUCCGUCUCGCAUAAUUAUUCUUGAACCCUGUUUUAUUGUUUUUGUUUCUGUUUCCUUUUUAAUGUGGUCUGCCGUGUAACAACAAGCUGAAGUAUACCAGCCUUGUAAAGCAGCAAGCAUGCGGCUGCUUUGUCAUUAAACAUUAGAUGUCCGUGUGUGCGCCAAUAAUCUCCAAUCACGUAGUUGAUUAGCGGUAGCAUGAUAUGCCAUUAUCUUGAACUAUGCUCCCCGUAUGUUUUGUAUUAAAGUUCUUGUUUUUACUUGCUCA